GUUAACUGACUUUUUGACAAUAUUUUGUUAGAAAUCACGUACCAAAAGGAUAUUUAUUAUAAUUCAUUAUGUCCAGCUUAAUAAAUGCUUCUUGGUUAACAGUUUCUGUAAGCAAGGUAGGUGACUCUUACAGUUUUUUUCAUAAGUUUCAGUGGAGAAAAUAUUCAUUAGUUUCUGCCUUGUGAGAAAUGGCAGCCAUCCCUUGGACCAAGUUGCUGCACCAGUAUCAGACAAUAAUCUUCAUGCUGGUAGUAGCUGAAUAUUUUCUUGGGCCAACUGCAGAUUUUGAUCUUAUGUACAUUUUGAUAGCUUAGUUAGCUGUUGUAAUUAAUUAGAUAAUUUAAGGCAGAGUGAAGCUAACUGGAGUGUUAACUGGAGCACUGGAGUGUUCCUGCUGUGCUUGUGAAGGGUGCUGUUAGAUUUUACAGGGACUCCUCUUGCUUCUCUCCACCAGGAAAGGAGGUUGUGUGUUAGCAUGAUCACUUAGGCUUUACCCCUACUCAGUGCUAAUCUCUCCAAUUUCCUACUUCUCUCUGAGAAUGACAAAAAUGGCUGCAUUUCUCUCUAUACCGAAAGCAUCAAUGACUAGAGCAGAGAUAGAAUUAAUCUUACUUCUAGGCCUCCACAUGUGCUCCAGUGCACACCGCCUGUUGUCCUGCAAGUGCCUGUGGACUGGAGGUUUUUCUCUUACCAUAAGAGCUUUCCCAGCUCACCAUCACUCUUCCUGAUCAGUUAGCCUUAGCAGUACACCUGUCCUUGGGAGGCCAUGGUAUAUGCUCAUUAAAACUGUUUCAGGAUUUUUCCACAUAAAAGUUUUUACAAGCUCUAAAAGAGUCAGACGUAUUUCCUGAACUGCUGAAUGCCUUGAAGCUCUAGCAGUCCUAGGUACAUCAGGCCUUUGUCAUUCUUGCCUCCUCAUCUUGGACCAUUGGCUCCUGAGGCAUGUCUGAGUCCUGAAGCACAGUACCUGCAUCAGAAAUGUGCAGUGACAACCAGAGUAAUUAAGGGCAAUCAUACUCCUUUCACUUUCUUUAUAUGGUGCAACAUCAGUGACCAGAACUAACAAAGUAAUGCUCAAUUCUCUAAAAUUCUGAGGGAAUAAAAGAUUAUGACAACAAAGAAGUGCAAGGCUGCAUUCACCUUUAAGAAGAUGAGCACAACUGAGGAACAAUCAUGCUCAUCUAACAGGGCUGGUUUCAAAUUGCUUCAGAUAUGAGCACAAGCAUUCUGAGACUUCUGCUUUGUGGGUUUCAACCUCAUUAUUUUUUUCUCUAAAAUGAUUUCUCAAAUCACAUAAACAUAACAAUGCAAAGAAGAAAAGAAAUAGGGGCGUAUCAACACCUGACAGAAACUAGUGAGACGUAACUGGGAGCCAGAAACAUGCACAGACCUGGUGAAGUCUAAGCAUGCAGAUAAGCUGUGUUUUGCCCACACCCACGUCAGACAGAAAACAGCUUCAGAGAGCUACAGAACACUGGAUCUCCGCGUAACUCACUUCAGAAAAUCUUCACAAUGUUCCUUGCUAAAGCUUUGCUGAGUGGAGCAAGUGGAGGAAGUGGUAGUAGUCGUGGAGGAAGCCUUGCACGUGGCCUUGGAGGGCUCCUGACAGGAGGUGGAGGUGCAGGGAAUAUUGGAGGACUUGUUGGAGGCCUCGUCAACCUUAUAAGUGAAGCGGCAGCUCAGUAUAAUCCAGAGCCACCUCCGCCUCCUCGCAAUCAUUUUACAAAUGUGGAAGCUCAGGAGAGUGAUGAGAUCAGACAAUUCCGUCGCCUGUUUGCCCAGCUGGCUGGAGAUGAUAUGGAAGUGUGUGCCACCGAGCUAAGGGACAUCCUGAACAAAGUCCUUUCCAGACACCAAGACCUGAAGGCGGAUGGCUUCAGCUUGGACACCUGCCGUAGCAUGGUCGCCGUCAUGGACAGCGACACAAGCGGCAAGCUGGGCUUUGAGGAGUUCAAGUACCUGUGGAACAACAUCAAGAAGUGGCAGUAUGUGUACAAGCAGUUCGAUGCUGGCCAGUCAGGCACUGUUGGGAGAGCCCAGCUGCCCAGCGCCCUGAGGGCUGCGGGGUUCCAGCUGAAUGAGCAGCUGUGCCGCGUGGUCGUGCGCAGGUACGCCGCCGAGGACGGCAGCAUGGAUUUCAACAGCUUCAUCAGCUGCCUGGUGCGCCUGGACAGCAUGUUCCGGGCCUUCAAGUCCCUGGACCAAGAUGGAAGUGGGCACGUCAGAGUGACCAUUGAAGACUGGCUGCAGCUGACCAUGUAUUCGUGAAGUGUUUGUGUGGCAGAUACACCUGGAGGACUAUACUGCUCUGCUGCACAGCUGUGGUCUUUGCCUUUAGUCUUUCUAAGGCAGAUGUAGAUAGCAGUAGAUGGCUCUGCUUCCAGUGUAGUGAUUCUUCUUGUGCAUGCAUUAGUCUGCUUUUCUGAGGGGUUUGUGUAGGUUGUUGAUCGGGCAGUUGCGUAAGUUCAGAAAAUCCUAGAUUCUAAGGUUAGGGAAUAUAUUGGAAAGAUCAGAGUUCAGUUAGUUUUUCGUGUAAAGUGGCUUGUAUAUGAGUAUAACUAUUACAUAAAAAAGCUGCUAAGUUUGGUGCUGAUGUUGCUGUUCUGGUUUGUCAGCAGUCACUAAGCUGGAAUAAAGGCUGUUUGCCUGAAGGCAGUCACUGGUAGACUCUUGUGCAGUUAUUUCUAACAAGGGGAACAUUAGAGUUGCAAUAACUGUAGUGAUCAGUGAAUUUACAUAAUCAUUCCAUUUCCUUUCUACUUCUGCUUUUUCAUGCUUGGCUGCUGAAGCAAAACCUCAGUUUUACUGUCAGUUCUAUCUGGUGGCCAGGACAAAAUUGAAGACUUACAUGAGGCUACUUCUGCAAUGAUCUCCUUCCUACAGUUCCAUGAACUAGUCUUUUCUCUCUUUCCUUCAAGCCUAAACAUAGUUAUGAAGCAAACAACUUAAAAUACUACAUUUAUAUUUAGAGAAACUUGAAAUAAUUAUGCAGUCACAUAGCAGACAGAGAGCCAAAGUCAACCUUUGGCUAUCUGAGUGAAAUUUCAUCAGCGUGCAGCAUCCGACUCAAGGUAGUUAUGCAGUAAUGGCUAAGAUGUCAACUUCUGAGUAAAAAAAUUAAAGGAAUAACAUGAACUGUCAAAAGUGCAUUUCUUUGAAUUAAGGAUUACAUUGUUGAUAAAAACGUCUCUUGCACAAAACAGAUUUCUUGGCAAGGCUCUACUGCUUUAAACGAAAAUUGUCUUGGGUGUGUGGGAGCUGGCUGGAAUGUGAAAAGAGGAGUUAAAUUGGCAGCCUGGCACUAGAGGCAGUCUCCAGAUGUGACUCAUGGAGGAAUACCACACAAUACCUGCAGGCCAUCUACAUGUUAAUGGGGUGCUGUGGUGUAGUUUGGUUUGGUCUGUAACUUUCCAUAGCUUCGAUUUCUAAAUCUUGCACUUACACUUUGCAAAUAGUAUUUUUCAAAUUGAUGAGCUAUCCUCCCUGGUAUACUUGCAGAAACCUUUUACUUGAAACUAACUUAUAAUUUGUGCCCAGAUUUUUUUCCUCCUGCACUUUGUUUAAUAGCAAACAGAAAAAUAUUCAUACUAUCCCAGAUAAAAGAGGCCAGUUCCUUCCUCAUGGCAUUCAGCCUCCUCCCAGUUCUUCAGUGGAAAAGCACUCAGUUAUCCAUUAUGCCACGUAGUGCCAUUUGGGCUCUGAGUAACUGGAAAGUGAGCAGGAGGUAAAGUGAUAACCUCCUCUAAAGUAUUGAUGCAGUAGUGCUUUAAGCUUUAUACUGCAUCUGGCUUGCAGUCCCUGUGCAAAUCUAAAUAUACUAUGAUAGUGCAACUUUCUUGUUUUACAAAGUCUAAGAUUUAGUGUAUUAUAUAAAAAAACCAACAACAAAACCCCAGUUACCACAGCAUGCUAUAGGGAAAAUAGUAGCAGAAAGUUGGCUUCCUUAAAGAAAACAAGAGUUGUUAAGGUUACAUUAUGUUUUUGAUUGUGUAGCAUAACUACAAAUAUUAUUUGUAGCAUAUUUGUAGCAUAACCAAAUUCUGUUUUACCAUUUAGAGAACUGGAGCUUAGCUCACACAUUGCUUCCUUAAAAUAUUCUUGGAUACAUAGGCUGCAAACACAGUUAGGUAUGCAUGGAAAGACAAUUGCAAGUGCUUUUUGCUGUGGUGUUACACAAGCACUUCAAGUUUUCCUGUAUUUUCAGUUUAACUUCCAUUUCUUUUCCCAGGCAGCAACCCCAUCAUUUCUCCUUAACCAGAAUGCCAGAGCAUUUGGAAGUUAGCCAGCAUCCUAGAGUUUUGUAGAACUAGUCACAACAUGAUCUUGCAAGCAUAGUAACUUUAUUUUCUACUAAAAUGGCUGGGGUUCUUUCUAUCAGACUGCACUCAGUUUUGAUUACUGAGUUUUCACACUUUAACGAAAAUAAUAUGACCUUUAUUUUGUCUUUUUUCUUGUCAUAUUUCCAUGUGCCACAACUGUGUUAACUUCUUUCAGAAGUUGUUUUUCAUUAAAUUAUUUUAAAGUUUACUUCCCAAUUCUUUUACUGUGAUAAAUAUUCUUAACUUUGAAAAUAAAUUUUCAAAAUAUUCUAAUCACUUCAAACAAUCCUUUUCUAAGAAUACAGUCUGCAAAACUAUCCAAAAAUAAUAUUCUCUGGAACUUUGAACAGUUAUUAUCUGCACUCUUGCUUCAGUUGUUUUUAGACUUUAUAUUUGUAAUGCUACGCUUUAAAACUAGGUUUGAGAAUGACAAUGUGAAGAAAAUGCUGAAAGUCAAACUCUGCAUCACAAUGAGAACACAGAUUUGCAAAUAAAACAAUGUGUAUGAGACAACUUUGUCCUUUUCUAAUGAUUAAAAACUGACAAAAGUUAUAACCCUUAGACAUCCAUGAAAGUAACUUAAAAGUUCAUAUCUUAUUCAUAUCCUUGCUCAAAAGUUUACCUGAAAUUCACAGGUUUCUGAAGUACAAGAUGUUCAAAGUCAAUCAAAAGAUCAAUCAAAAGGAUCAGUUAGACCAUCAAUAUAAAUAAUACAGCAGUUGUCUAUGCAAAAGAGACCUGCAUUGGUUUUGAAUGCUAAAUAAAAUUAUAUCUUAGAAGAUUUAAAUCCUGCAAAAUGUAUAGCUUGAUGAUGACAGGUUAAUAAUAUUGAUUUCAUUAUAUUAUUACACAUAUUUUGUUAAUCAAGAACUGUCUCAAAAUCUAAAUUCAGUUGCUAAAAUCCCUGUUUCAUAGCACCCAAAAUUUUCAAACCACUCUACAGAGCAGCCUUAGUAUUCUCCCCUGACAUAUUGCCCUGUUCAGCAGCAGAAGACCAAGAGCAGAAAGGUUUAGGUUGGUAUGCUCAAGGGGACAUUAGAAGUUGGUAGGAGAGCCGGAAAUAGAAUCUGGUCUGGUCCUUUGCUGCAGAUUUACCCAGCUGACCACCCCUCUCUCACUUGGCUGAAAAAGUUUUGUGUUGCUCUCAUACAUACUUCUUAAGAAAAUGUUUUUCUUGUUGAAAUGCAAAACACUUCAUCCACAAAGGGAACUUUGCUUUACACUUCAGUUUGCUUUUAAAAUGUUUUUGAUGAAUGCCGUUACUGUGAAUAUUCAAAACAAUGUAUUCUUGUCUAUUUGUCAUCUCUAUUAUGCUGUCAUUACCUGCUCUGUGUCCCACCAUCUAAGGUUUGCAGAUGGCUUUUGCCCAGACAGAUGUUUCCCAAAACACUCAAGAAACUUCCAGUAUAGUGACAGAAACAUUACUGACAUAAGCAUAGAUUUCAUCAGGCAUCUGCCAUUCUCCCUGUCUGAAAAUAUAAUGCAUCUUACACAGAAUUAAUCACAAAUCCCAUCAAAGCAAGCUUCAAAAGUUUUGUUGAUGUAGCUUUGUAGUUAACACAUUGAAAUGUUUGUUCAGAUCAGAACUGGAAUUAUUACAGAGGCUGUUCCAAUGAAUUCCUUGUCUUUCUGGCUUAAAAGGUAGGACAGUGCAGUGGCUUCCAAAUAGCAUGUAGGGCAGUGCAUAGGCUUCAGAGGAAAGCUUAAGAUAAACCAGGUAGAUUUAGUUGUCCUUUCACUGACAUAUAUUUUAUUGCUGAAGGUUCAGACUCUAAGCAGCAUCCUUACUCUUGGCCUGUUGAUUCUGGGUUGUGUUGCGUUGGUCUCUGAACUUCAUCAAGUGCCAGUGCUGCAUGCACUGCUACAGUUACCUCAAACGUGGAUUCCAGUUAUUCUCAGAGCCUUCCUGAAGGCCAUGUGCUAAAGAAGAACUUUAAGUUGUUUUAAAUCUUUUUUGUUUGUGUUUUGUUUGUUCAUAAAAUAGAAAUCCAUACCCAGUUUGUAGCUAUUGAAAACAUGUAUAUUGCUACUCCAGCCUUAGCAUUACAGAUUUAGUGAGCUCUUAGGUUUUUUCCCAGGAAGAACAAAAACCUCUAGUAUUGUAAAAUGUCUUAGUGCAUGUGUUGUGUUUGAUUCACAGAAGAGCUUUUAAAGUGAUUUUUGGUAUUAACUAUAACUACUGCCAUGCAUGUUU